GAAUUCUGCACAUUCUCGAUCGUCACUGUUCCCGUCAUCUUUCAUUCUCUCUCAUUUUUCUUACCAAGAAAAAAGGAACCAACAAAAUUAUAAUAACAAAUAAAAAAUAAAAAACUACCUGAUCACCAGAUCUGAGAAGCUCUCUAUAUUAUUUGUUUGUGUUUUCUUUCUUUAAUCCUUCAUUUCUUUUUUUGAUACUUAAAGAUGCAAUUUUUAAAUGAAUUCUUCAAUCUUUGCUGAAUGGGUAUUGAUCAAAAUUUGUAACUGAAGCUGUGUUAGGCUUUAUUUUUUUUGUUUUCUUGUAUUGAGUUGGCAUACAUUCUUUAUUAAUAUUCAGAGAAGAAUGAUGAUUCUGAUUUUUGUAGAUUUUUAGCUGAUUAUAUUAUGUAGAUUUAAACUGGGUUGGGUUUUUUCGGUUAAUUUUUGCGGGGGGAGAUUGAUUUACCGGAAAUUGAUUUGCGAUGAUGACGUCAUCACCUCCUCGGCAGUCCGACGACGGAGGAGGAGGAUCGAAUUAUAUUCAACACCAAGUUACAAAAUUUGAUACCCUUCCUGGUGUAGCAAUCAGAUAUGGCGUUGAGGUGAUCAUUAAAGUUCUCUAGGAUCCUUUAGUGGUUGAAGACGUGGGCUUUACUCUGUUUUCCAUGAGCACAUAAUUGAUAGAAUGAAGAUGGACCUAAAUUUGGCAGCUGUAGAAGUUUCUGCUGGUGAUAAAUGUAACUAUAGCAUCAAAUUCUGGUGGAUCAUUUAGCGGUUGUAGGUAUGUAGUGGCAGAGCUCGUUUUGGCAUGUACUCUCAACUCUGCUGUCAGUAUACUGGAUUCUAGAGAUAUGGUGUCUGAUAUUAAGAAGUUGAAUGGGCUGGUUUCGGAUCUCCAAAUGUUUGCUCGAAAGACACUUCAAAUACCAUUACCUGGGAGGCAUCCACCAUCACCUGCUGUCUCAAAUGGUCAAGACACCCAAGGGCCAAGCAGCUCUGAGCAGAUCCCUCCGAGGAACAAAUACCCUAAUUUGUUUGGUUCAUUUCAAUCCCUGAAAUUGAAGUCUUCCUCCCAGCAAAGAGUUUCACCAGCCAUGAGCUCUUUACUAGGUUAUCAGGGCCCUAAACUGGCAGAUCAGAAAGUUGCAUCUGAAGGUUUUGAAAUGGCUGUCUAUCGGAAAGGAGUAUCACAUUAUUUAGAAGAUGGACCAUUUGUCAUGUCAACUCCUCAUUCUAAUCAACCACUUGGUCUUCAUAGAAAAUGUAAAAGUGUAGCUAAUGAUAUGUCAGAGAACGGAGUAGGUAGCGCUGAAAAUGGCUCUAAUAUAUUGUUCGAGAAAUUGUCUAGAAGGCGUCAAAAAUCUGAGGCUGAUUUCAGUUCCCGCACGCCAGAAGUGCUGUUGAAAGAAGAUAACAGCAGUGGCAGCGGGUUUUCUGCUGCUGCUGGCAAAGGUUUGGCUUUGCGACCUAAAUCAGCUAGUCGAAUUCUCCUUGGACCAGAUGCUGAAGCAAGUUCCAUAAAUCCUAUCACUAUGCUGUUGAACGAUUCUUUUCUGAACGACAGUGCAAGUGUCAGGAAGUCAUCGAGUACACCGAGUUUGCAGGAAUCAGACAGUAGCACGUUAUCUUCCCUGUGGACAACAUCCAAGUGGAAUUUGAAGCCAGAUUUCCAGGCAAUUUCUACUGCCGCAAUUACCAAACCAAUCUUUGAUAGCCUUCAAAAGCCCACUGGUCCUCGAAAAAGCAAGACUGCUGUUGAUUAGCUAUUGUUUCUGCAUUUUUUGUUAGUCCUCUUCUUAAGAACUAGAAACUGAAAACUAGCUACAAAGUAAAGCACUAAAAAUACUGGCUUAUUUCUGUCAUUUCAUCUUCCAUUCCUUUUUUUCUGUUGCAAAAAAAGGUUAAGUUUAUUCUUAGAGUUGAAAAUCUGUAGCAGCACAGCAAAGAUCUGUGUAGUAGAAAUUUUUGUUGCUCCACCGACCUUCCAAAUCCUAUAUAUGUUUAAGUACAUAUGUAGCUUAUUUUUCUGUAACUGGGAGGAAAGAUCACUGAUUAUAUUAUUAAAAUAUAUUUGACAUUCUUUCUGCA